AUGAUUCCAUUUUUCAAAAUCGGAAUUGUUCUGAUAAGACAAGUCAGCAAACCUAUAUCGGGAUACAUAAAAAAGAAAGCGAUAGAAAAUAAAAAAUUUAAAAGCAUAUGUAUAUACUGUGGAAAAAAGUACUACUUCUUUGAGCAGUACAUUCAGAAGAAAUUCUACAACGCAAAUGCCACCAACGUUAAUUAUAGUUCCUAUAUAAGUGAGAACAAGUCCGUUAAUGUAGGAAGCGAACUCCUAGGAGAGACCAUUAUCUUCCUAGUGGCAGCACUUAUCAUUGUAGCAGAAUAUAAGAGGAACAGCUUGAAGGAGGCAAAAAAAGAAAUGGUUUUAAACCAUAAGUUGGAAACGCUGAAAUUACAAGUUCUGGAAUUGCAGAAGGAAAAUGAUGAAAUUAUGAAUGUCGUUUUUCCGAACAGGAAGAAUGUGCGUGAUAGUAGAACCUUCCAUGUUACGCACUCCAAUUUUUUUAAAGAUCUUUACAACAGAAUUGUUGGCACCCCGGAUGAUGAUCAAUCUACGCAGGGCGACCAGCCAGAUAAGGACAAAACGGACGGCUAA